CCUGUCCGCCCAGACGCCGCUUCUCCCGGGCUCUCGGUCUCGGCUCCGCGAAGGGAGAGGAAAUGAGUAGUGCGGCGGCAGCGUCCGCGGCCGAGCGGGGUUGGAAGAGCGAGAAAGUGGACGAGGCUCAGGCCCUGGCGCGGAGUUGCGCUGCCCGCAGACCCGACUUCCAGCCGUGCGACGGGCUCUCCAUCUGUGCCACGCACAGCCAUGGCAAGUGCUUCAAGCUGCACUGGUGCUGUCACCUAGGAUGGUGUCACUGCAAAUACGUGUAUCAGCCUAUGACCCCUGUAGAACAGCUCCCAAGCACUGAGAUUCCUGCGAAGCCUCGGGAACCCACAAACACCAUUCAGAUCUCAGUCUCUCUCACUGAACACUUUCUGAAAUUUGCAUCUGUCUUCCAGCCUCCCCUCCCGCCUGAUUCACCAAGGUACUGUAUGAUCUCAGACCUCUUUAUUGACAACUACCAGGUUAAAUGUAUUAAUGGGAAGAUGUGUUACGUGCAGAAGCAGCCAGCACCACAUUCCCUCAAAAUGAGCCCUCAGGAGGUCUCUGCACAUGAUGCCUUAAUUUCAAAAGAGAGCAAUACACCAAAAAUAGAUCACUGCUCUUCUCCCUCAAGUUCUGAGGACUCUGGGAUCAAUGCCAUCGGGGCUCACUAUGUGGAAUCGUGCGAUGAGGACACAGAAGAAGGAGCAGAACUGAGUUCAGAGGAAGAUUACAGUCCAGAGAGCAGCUGGGAACCGGACGAGUGCACCCUUCUCUCCCCAUCGCAGUCUGACCUGGAGGUGAUCGAAACGAUAGAAACCACCGUGUGAGAGUCAGCGCAGGAGCUGUCCUCUGAUCCAAGCCGAGCUUUUGUACUUUUGUUGGAUGGAUCCUUUUUCCAGUGCAGUUGGUUUUUCUACCCCUCUCUAACAACAAUAGCAGUUCAGUGGUCUGCUGAUUAGCUUCACUCUUAAAGUAGUCUUAUAACUAAGUAUUUGUUUUCUUUUGUAUCUUGACUUACUUUCUAUGUAGCAUCUGGUGUCAUGAAUUGUGACCCAGCCUUACUUUCACUGGGAACUUAGUAAGCAAUGAAGUGAUGGUCACAGAGUAUCAUGGACCAGGUUGAGGAGCUACCCAGAGUGAAGGAGACAGUACUUUUCUAAAUACGCAGUUCUUCACGGAAAAACACCUGGCAUUCCUUUUGGCAUGCUGACAGGUACCCCCGCUGCCCUGCUAGUCCCAUAUGGGACUCAGCUCGCGUGAGGGGAACAGACUGUGCCCCAGUAGAUGCCCUUCUGCCCCUUUCUCCUUCUCUCCACCACCUGCAUGGGUCAAGGCCAGUUGCCUGGCUUACUUCUAGGAGGGUACUGGGGGCCAGCUUAGCCCCUAGCCAGUGUCUGCACAACCUUCCAUGACCUGGGGCUGAACUAGACCUUCAUUUAAGAAGAGAUGACACCUUCAAUUUCAUGCUCAAUCCAGCUUUAGCUGAGUGCCUACACUCUGCAGGGUACUGUGGGGAUACAGAAUGGGUAAGACCUGACUCCCCAUGUGAAGGGAACCACAGUCCAAUAGCAGAGAUAAUAUCUGCAGGUAACAUUCCCCAGAAUGCUCUGGGAACGCAGCGGAAGGAGAGAUGUACUUGGCUUGUCGCUGGGGAAUGUGUUGCAGCAUUUGAGCUGGUCUCUUGGGUGGGUUUCCUAACAUUUCCCUACUUUUCUUAAUUGUUCUUUAAAUCUGGGGAAAACUUUUAGGAAGUUAUAUAGGUAUUAUAUUUAGGAGGCAGCCACAACUGACGUCUUAAAAAAAUAUCAGUUAAUAGUUUAGUUAGCAUGGAAAUGCUAAAGACGACAGUCCUUUAGGGAUUAGGAAUGAAUGAAUCUAAUAGGUUUGAUGAAUUCUGCUUCAUUUGGUUGUAUGAAGCAUUAGAAUGGCUUAGGUGAGAAAUGGAUUAGAAUUCAUUAUGAUGCAUGGGUUUUUAUGCAAAUGCAAAAGCAGUUGAAAUAGUUCACUGCUAAGUCAGGAGAAAAUAUUUUGUGUAAUAUUCAUUCACUUUAAUACAGUAAAAUUCAUGGUCUGUUGUACAUGUUCUCUUUUCUCACACAUACACAAUGGUGAAUAAUUCUUUCUUCUUUAGCUCUCUUCAGAAAUCUAUUCCCAAUCUCCACUUAUACCAGGUGUUCUUGUGUGAGUUGGUUAUUUGCCAUUUCUCCAAAUCUCCUCUCCAUGAGGCAUAGUUAAGAAUCCAGGACAUUUAACAUGUGGUCCUAAUGAAACUAGAACUGUCAAAGUUGGAGACAGAGAACUGUUCCUUCUGUCCUGACUGCCCAUGAGUGUGCUCCUGUGGCAUUAUCUCAUGCUGUCAGCAUUGUGGCACCCCUUUUCCGUGUUACGUCAGUUUGUAUUUUAAGAAAUAAGAAGCCUCCACUUGGCUUCCUUCACAAAUCACCAGGCAGAAUCUGGUUUCCUAGUCGUAUGUGUAGUUCCAGUGAUUGGCUAGAACAUUUGUUAGCUUUAGGUGCCUGAACAUCCAUAGGGUUUAGAAAGCAGAGUAUGCAGAUUCCUUUGAGAACAGCAUUAGUGAAAACUUUCUAAGCUGGAUGAGAAUGCAGCGUAAGGUCCCACCUGUUGAAAGGUAAGGACUCAAUAGCUCGAACCAGUAAGGUGGUGAGAAGAGCUCCAAGAACAGGAGGGCACAGGGGAGGGCAGGGGAGGUGGGGGUGCAGUGAGGGUUUCCCCACUGGCUUGGCCCACCCAGCCUAGGUGGCUCAGGGACAGACAUCUGCUGAGCCCUACCUGAGGUUCUCAGUGCCUCCUGCGAUUGAGUGGUCAUUGGUCAGCUGAAAGGGAGCUCAGGCCCUGUGGUGUAUUCAAGGUGGUAAUAGCAGCAUUAGCACCCUGUCUCCAGCCCCACCCCCUGAGCAAGUAAGCUCAUUGAAGCCCCAGUGCAGACAGAGGGUCCUGUUUCUCUGCACCGUUCCUACCAGUUCUGUGCUCUGGGCCCACAUUCCUCAUCCCUGUCCCUUACACUAAUUGGAGUCAACCACGAGGCCUUUAAAGCCUUGGAAAUACACUGUCAUAGGGCCAUGUUUCCGAAGCUGGCUGUUCGGGGUUGGGCCCUUUAUCAAUAAUAUCUAUAACUUUCAAAACUCUUCAACUGCCAUUCAGAGUAGCCACAAUUUUAAUGGAAUUUUUGGAUUUAAUAA